AUGAAGGAAGAGCAGGGCCAGCCGCGCUUUGCAUGGAUCGACUGGGACUGGGAGUUUGUGGAGGCGUUCAAGAAGUCCAAGCUGCUGGCGGAGAAGGGCGCUCCCCCGGCCGCCACGUCAGCAGUGGCCAUCAAGGCCCCGGUCGACAUCGUGGAAACUAGAGUGGCGCACGUGUUCUUCAUGGACGUGCCGGGGCUCAAGAAGGAUGACGUCGUCGUGCAGAUCGAGGACCCGCCCGAGAAGCGCAUCCUCAGCAUCAGCGGGGAAGGAUUCCGUCCGGUGAUCGACAAGCCGUUCGAGGUGCACCGCGCGGAACGGCCGCUGGUGGGCGCCUUCACGCGCCGCUUCCACCUCCCGGAGAAUGUCAACCUGGACGCGAUCCGCGCGCGCGUGGAGGACGGUCUGCUGACGGUGCUGGUGCCCAAGCGGAGGCAGGAGGAGCCCGCCGCGACGCGCGAGAACAAGGGGGCCAAGGCCGAGGACCAGCAGCGAUUCCGGGCCAAGUGA